AUGUCCUCAAUCUUUGAAACAUUGCCGCAAAAAUACCCAGGAUUGCGGACCGGCUCGCCCGGAUUGCUUCUGUGUGGCCAAAAGGACUUCCGAAUCGUCUUCAGCGUUGUCUGCGCCAUCCGUGAAGUCUUGAAAACCCGUUGCAAAUCUGGGCGAUUCGCGCUUCUCGACGAAACCGAAACAGCUCUUUUCGCUUGCCAACGCGGCUGUCCAAAAGCGUUCUAUUGCGAAAAAACCACCCUGGUAAAUAAUAGCACGAAUAACAUUGGUAUUUGUUGUCCAAACAUCAACGAGCUGCUGCAAGGAACAACAACACAUAGUGUAAUAGCAAGCGCCAAGCGACAGAUUCGAGACGCUAACGAAAACUCAAACCUAUUAGUGGAAGAAAUUGGAUUCCGAAGUGAAAAUAAGAAAAUCUGCGAAAAAAUUCCAUUUAGAUUGACUUGCAACAACACCAGAGAACCCCAGCCAAUUGCUCGAUGGUUCUUCGACAUUCAAACUUUAGAAUGCCAAAUAUAUCCAAUUGGAAGCUGCGGAGAUGACGCAAUAAACGUGUUGUCGUUGAAAUCGAAAACCGAGUGCGAGGAGAAAUGCGACGUGAAAAACGUGAAACGGGCGAUUCAAAAUUUGAAAAGUGUUGAGAAUAAUAUUGAAAAUGAAAUUCUUCGACCUCCAGUUGAAAUUCCGUUGGACCCAAACGUUGGUGAAAUCGCUAUUGAAGACCCAAAAGCUGAAUCGAAACAUGUUCGAUCUCGGCCGUUUGCCAUUGAACCGCCGACGGAUCUCAUUCAUAUCAUCGACACGCCAUCAGAUGUCCACAUUCUGCGAAGAAACAUUCAUGAUGAUGAUCAGGAUCAGCUUCUUACCGUAACCGACUCGGUUCCAAGUCCCCCGGCUACGGUAACCACAGAGACAUUGACUGUGUUGGAUGGGAAUGAGACAGAAGGUUCUGGAGCUCAAGACGAUGGAAGAGAAAUUCUUGAGGAUGAGAAAACCGAGAAAGAAAAGGAGGAAGUGAGGAGAAGCUUGAAAUCAAUUGAGAAUAGCUUUGAGCAAUUCUAUAAGCAGCAAAAAGAGCUUGCAAUUUGCUCCAAAACCGAUUAUCGCUUCCGUUGUCCGUCAGGAAAGCCAUCGCAAUUCGUUUAUCGUUGGGAGCUCGUCGACGGCAAGUGCCAAUCAUUCCCAUAUGGUUAUUGCUGGCAAGAAUCGAAUCACGCUCAUCCGCGAACCAGACUUGAAUGCGAGCUUUUCUGUGCCGAUUAG